GCAUAAGUUACAAUGUCCAGCUCUUCGCCAACACGUCAGCCUCAGACAUUCGGAUUGCCCUGGCCCGAUCUCAACCACGGCUUGCUCUACAACGACGUCGUUCGAGCCUCUGAUUCUGGUCCUCUUUCUCUCCCUCUUCUCAAAGAUAAAGAUAGCCUUUUCUAUAUAUUUUUUCCUUUACUGCAUGUUCUCAGCAUCCAAACGCAGUCCAUGCGCUAAAAAUCGAUGCUUUUUUGGAUUUAAACUUCACCGUCGUUUUCUUUCUCUGAAUUUGACUCCUAGUGUUGGUGUAAAUUAUAGAACUGACACUGAUCGAGUUCUACUCGAGCAAGUAUAAGAACUCAGCUCCUCUACAAGGAGAAUUCGGAACGGACAGGUUUGAAUAUUGAAAAUCAUGGAAAAGUUUGUUAUGAGAAAUGGAAACGCAUGCUUUGGAAAUUCUCAGCUUUAUUUGUUGGUCUACAGAUAACAGUUGAUGGCGAAGUUGUUAGAGAUCCCAGUACGAUCCUCAGGGUCGGUUCGGAAUUGGUCUAUCAUAGGCUUCCGUGGAGAGAGCCUGAUGCGCCACACUUGCUGGAGGUUCUAUUUGAGGAUGAUGAUAUGAUUGCUCUAAAUAAGCCUUCUGGCCUGCAAGUUUUACCUGGAGGUCUUUUCCAGCAACGGACAGUUCUCACACAGCUCCUAUGUUGGGCAACAAAUAAGAUCUCUCCCUUAUUGUGCCAAGAACCACAUCCUGUUCCUGUUCAUCGCUUAGGAAGAGGCACUUCAGGAAUAUUACUCUGUGCAAAAACGAAGCAUGCCAAAACUCAACUUGCAGCAUACUUUGCUGACGGGACAUCUAAUAUUGGAGAUAACAGUAAUACCUCCAUGGAGGCGCAUGCAGUGAGGAAAAUCUCAAAGAUAUACCGGGCACUAGUGACUGGGAUACUUUGUGAAGAUAAGGUAAUUGUCAAACAGCCAAUUGGAGUGGUGCGAUAUCCUGGUGUGGCUAAAGGGCUGUAUGUUGCUUCUCCCACAGGAAAACCGGCUCUGAGUAAAGUUGAAGUUCUUGAGAGAGAGAUUCAUAAAAACCAAACACUGGUCCAGGUUGAGAUUCAGUCAGGAAGGCCACACCAAAUUCGUAUCCAUCUUUCUUACAUAGGACAUCCUUUGUUAGGAGAUCCUCUUUAUGUUCUUGGUGGACAACCAAAGUGCUUAGAUUCUGACUUUGUAGAUGAGAGUUUUGCAGAUGAUGGAGGGUUCCUGAGGCCUACAAAGCCUGUUCCAGGAGAUUGUGGCUACAACUUGCAUGCUCAUCAAGUGAUUCUCUCUCACCCAUCAUCCAAUGAGGUAAUCAAAGUUACAGCACCACUUCCGGCUAUUCUCCGAACUCGGCAAGAAACCGAAGAACUUGUUAGCACUACUACAAAUAUCAAGAAUGCUGCGGAUGGAGAGUGCUCAUUCAACAGGUUUCCUUGAAGACUUUCCUUACCAAGACUUGGGAAGUAUAGACGCAUACAUUCCCUUGUAUUUGCCUAGAGUUAAGUUUUCCCUUAGAGAACCAUGCCAAAGCAAAUUUUGAGUUUUUUAUACUGAAAAAAAAGGGAGGAGUUUUACCAAACCCGGAAGUUGGUUGAUAAAAGAAUUGAGUGACGUCUCACUCCCCAAGUAAAGUAAAACACAUAAAACAAAUCAUGGAGAAAAUAUGUAAAAAAAGACCGAGGGAGAGACGUCAGAUGAGAGCUCGUGAACUGGAAUAAAUCCAUCCCUCCCAACUUUUGCAGUUUA